AUGAAGCCGUUGGAAUUGAAGCUCAAGCCGGAAUUCCGCCGUUUCGCACCAAUGGCGCUGGCCGCCCUCCUGUUCUUCUGCACCCUGGUGUUCUUCUACGAGAUGAUGCCGGCCUCCCGGGGCGUGACUCUACACGAGUCGACCGGAGAGCCAACGGCCGGCAGCAAUGGUACUAAUCCCGGGCCAUCCGGGACCGGCUCGAGCGACGAUUUCCAACAUACCGACCGGCGGUGCCACGCGCAGCCGGACCCAGGGAACAUUCUAUUCAUCGUGAAGACGGGCGCGACGGAGAUCUACGAGAAGUUACCGACGCAGCUGCUGACGACGCUGGGGUGCGCGCAGGACUUUUUGAUUUUCUCCGACCUCGAGGAGCAGAUCGGCCCGUACCAUAUAUUUGAUGCGCUGGCGGACUUCAACGCAACUAUGAAAGCCACACAUGCCGAUUUUGAGCUCUACCGGCAGCAGCAAGCGUACCAGAGUGGGGGUCUGGACAUUGCUACGCUCAAGAACGACGGCAAGGCCGCCUGGACGCUCGACAAGUACAAGUUCCUGCACAUGGUAGAAAUGACGUGGGCGCAGCGGCCACACAUGGACUGGUACGUCUUCAUCGAGAGCGACACGUACGUCGUGUGGACGAAUCUUCUUCAGUGGCUGGAACAGUUCUCGCCGAACGAGAAGCUGUACAUGGGUUCGGCGUCCUUUAUCGCGGACCAGGGGUUCGGCCACGGCGGGAGCGGGUAUGUCAUUUCGCGAGCGCUGAUGGAAGCGUUUGUGGGGGACAACCCAGGGAUGGCGAGCCGGUACGAUGAUGUCAUGCCGAACGACUGCUGUGGGGAUUUCGUGCUGGGCCGGACUCUGAAACAGGAGCUUGACGUCGGGAUCCGGAAUUUCUGGCCGCAGGUGAACGGGGAGAAACCGGCGACGCUGGAGUUUGGGGCGAAGCAAUGGUGCCAGCCCGUCGUCACGAUGCAUCAUGUCAUGCCGCGGGAGCGUAGUGCCAUUUUUGAUUUCGAGCAGGCGCGCGAUGAUGUAAAGGCACCGCUUCUCUUCCGGGAACUCUCCGAGCUGUCAUUUCCACCGGGUAGGAUGCGCGUCGUGGAGGAGGACUGGGAUAACCUCGCUGAUGUGCCGGUUGAACUGGACAGCCCCUCGAUGGAAGCCUGUCGCGACCAGUGCCUGAGUCACGACACCUGCUUCCAAUGGCGGUACAGCGAGAAGGAGUGCCACGUAUCGACCGAGUCGUUCCGACUAGGAACAAAACGAAUACCCAAGGAUCAGCGACGGUGGUUCUCAGGAUGGAACGUCCAGCGAAUCCAAAAAUGGCGGAAUUCGCAUCCAUGUGAGCAGCCCGCGUGGGUCAAGCCACAUUAA